UCAUGCUGCUGCCAGGUCCAGAGUCUCUCAUGGGUCCCUGUACGGCCUCCCAUUGCUGCUGUCUCCAUCGCCACACUCUGCCAUGUGCCACUUUCAGGUCUCCUCACACUGCUGGUGUGUUUCCAUUUUUUGUCAUAGGGUGCUGGCAGAUUACGGGCCUCCCAUAGCUGCUGCCAGGCCCCUAAUCUGCCAUGGGCCCCCUGUACCGCCUCCUCAUGCUGCUGCCAGGUCCAGAGUCUCUCAUGGGUCCCUGUACGGCCUCCCAUUGCUGCUGUCUCCAUCGCCACACUCUCUGCCAUGUGCCACUUUCAGGUCUCCUCACACUGCUGGUGUGUUCCAUUUUUUG